AUGGCGAUGGUGUUGGAUGCUUUUGCAUCCUACAUCGGGGACUACCUCAAGCAGGUGGUACAAGAUGAGCUCGGAACGAUGCUGGGCGUCUCGGGCGAGAUCGACAAGUUGGGCAACAAGCUCCAAGACCUCAAGAACUUCCUCGCUGACGCCGAUAGGAGAAACAUCACCGACGAGGCCGUCCAAGUCUGGGUGGGUCAGCUCAAGCGCGCCAUGUAUGAAGCUGCUGAUAUCCUUGAUCUCUGCCAGCUCAAGGCCAUGGAGCGUGGGUCAUCCUCCUCAGAUGCAUUGUGUUGCAAUCCCUUGCUUUUCUGCAUGAGGAAUCCCUUCCAUGCUCGUGAGAUCGGCACCCGCAUCAAGGCGCUCAACAAGAGGCUCGACUCCAUCAAGGAGCGGAGCGCUACUUUCAACUUCAUCAAUCUUGGGUCCUAUGCAGAUUGUCAUAGCAGCAAUGUCAACAUCUUUUCUCAUGGCAAUCCCCGUUGGGAGACAUCUGGGGAGCUUGACCGGUCUAGUGUGGUUGGGGACAAGAUCGAAGAAGACACAAGAGCAUUGGUGGCCCAGAUCACAAGCUGUGGAAAUGACGUCAGCAACAACAUUAUGGUGGUCGCUAUUGUAGGUGUUGGUGGGAUUGGCAAGACCACCCUCGCCCAGAAGGUCUUCAAUGACGAGGCCAUCCAAGGUGACUUCAGCAAAAAGAUAUGGUUGAGUGUCAACCAAAACUUUAGUGAGGUUGAGCUGCUGAGAAGAGCCAUCAUUGAAGUCAGAGGAGAUGCUCGGCCAGUUGGAAAUGCAAAGACCACGCUUCAACGAACCCUCAAGGAAGCUUUGAUUGGCCACAAGACCUUCUUGAUAAUGGAUGAUGUUUGGAACUAUAGAGCAUGGGAGGAUGUGCUCAAAACGCCGUUAGUCAAUGCCGCUGCUGCAGGCAGCCGCGUCCUCAUCACCACUAGAGAUGAAGGUGUAGCCCGAGGGGUGUCAGCUAUAUGGCCAUACCACCACAUUGACACAUUAGCAACCGACGAUGCUUGGUUAUUGCUAAAGACGCAGGUACUCUCAAGUGAGAUAAAUGAAAACCACAUAGAUACGCUAAAGGAUAUUGGACUCAAAAUUAUACAAAAAUGUGGUUAUUUACCACUUGCCCUCAAAGUAAUGGGAGGACUCUUGCGUGAAAGAGGAGGGCUACGUCGCGACUGGCAGCAUGUUUUGGAUGAUUCGAAAUGGUCAAGAACUAAAAUGCCUGAUGAGCUUAACUAUGCAGUUUACUUAAGUUAUGAAUAUAUGCCCUCUUACCUAAAGCAGUGCUUUCUGUACUACUCUCUUCUUCCUAAAAGUAGAAUUUUUACUAUGGAUGAAGUUGUUGGAAUGUGGAUUAGUGAAGGAUUUAUUCAUGGAAAUUCUAAUGAUUUAGAAGAAUUGGGAGCACAUUACUACAAGGAGUUGGUAUCUAGAAACCUGAUAGAGCCAGAUAAAUCAUAUGUUAAUUUAUGGGUUUGCAACAUGCAUGAUGUUGUUCGCUCAUUUGCUCAGUAUAUGACUAAAGAUGAAGCACUCAUAGCUCAAGACGGAGAUAAUGAUAUUCUUGCUAAACUUGGUUCACAAAAGUUUCUUCGGUUGUUCAUAGAAACUAACCGAUCACAAUCAGAUGAACUUGAUUGGAAAUCUCUACAAGCACAACAAUCAGUGAGAACAUUGAUCUCAACUAUCCAGAUUAAGAUGAAGCCUGGUGGUUCCUUGGUUAAUUUUUCUAGUUUGCGGACUCUGCAUAUUGAAUUUAAAAAUAUGGCUGUAUUGGUUGAAUCAUUGCAUCAACUCAAGCAUCUGAGGUAUCUAGCACUAGUAAAUGCUGAUAUAUAUGUACUUCCAGGGAACAUUGGCAAAAUGAAACUGUUGCAAUUCCUUGACCUUGGUGGAUGUACAAAAUUGGUGAAUCUUCCUGAUAGCAUUGUGAAGCUUUGCCAGCUGAGGUUACUUUCACUUCCCGAAGCAAGUAUGGUACCUAGAGGGUUUAGUGGUCUGACAAAUAUGAGGAGACUAUAUAUGUUUCGAGCCCACAUGGAUGGUGAUUGGAGCAGUUUGGACGAGUUGGGGCCUCUUUCCCAACUCAGAGUUCUUGUAUUAACUGAAUUAGAGAAUGUAUCUGCUUCCUCGUUUGCUGCUAAUGCUAGGCUCGACGAGAAGACGCAUCUUAUCAAGCUAUUCCUGGGCUGCACCAGUAAACUGGGAGAUGAUGGGUUGGUCAAAGAGAAGGAAGGUGUCUCCGAGGAAGAGCAGCAACAAAUUGAGAAGGUUUUUGAUAAGCUCUACCCUCCACCUGGUGUAGAAUUUCUUCAAAUCAAUGGGUAUUUUGGUUGGCAACUCCCGAACUGGAUGAUAUCCACAUCAAUGGUACCCCUCAACAACUUGAAGACUAUAUUCUUAUAUGAUCUGGCUUGUUGCACACAACUUCCCAAUGGGUUGUGCCAGCUCCCCAAUCUGCAGUUCCUACAGGUCUCUCGUGCUCCGUGCAUCAAACAUGUGAGGACUGGAUUUGUGCAGGCGGCAACAGCUUCAUUUUCAAGGUUAAACAAAUUAAGCUUGUUCAACAUGGUGGAAUGGGAGGAGUGGGAGUGGGAGGAGCAAGUACAAGCCAUGCCCCGUUUGGAGGAGCUUGUGCUCAAUAAUUGCAGACUGAGGCAUGUUCCUCCAGGCCUUGCCUCCAAUGCAAGCUCUUUAAAAAUAUUAUUUCUAGAACAUGUCAAGCAGCUCAGCUACAUUGAGAGCUUUCCUUCUGUUGUUGAGCUUACAGUGAAUGGAUGCCCUGACCUGGAGAGGAUCACCAAUAUCCCCAAUCUGCAGAAGCUUAACAUCCAGAACUGCCAAAAGUUGAAGGUGUUGGAGCGUAUCGCUUCACUCGAGAGGCUUCUCCUGGAGGAUUACACCAUGGAAAAACUGCCGGAAUACAUGCGAGACAUAAAGCCAAGGUAUUUGCAGUUAUUUUGCAGGCUAUGGUUGCUCUAUGUGGUAGCCGCCGGACAAUCUGGCACUGAGUGGGACAAGUUCAGCCGAGUGGAGCAUGUCAAGGCGUAUGCACCUGAUGGAGACAACCAAAGAAAAUGGUACGUUUUGUACACGAGAGGUGACAACUGCAAGCUGGAUUCAAAUAUUAGCAGCUCUACCAUAUUUGAAGAAACCUUAUCAUCUUCUAUGGUGGAUGCACAAGAAUUUGAAUCUCUGUUCAAAAUGAGAAGAAGCACCUUCAUUUAUGUCUGCAGCUUGGUGAAGAUCCCAUUUUUCGAAGAUAUGAUGGCAAGGGAGCCCACCUUUGUCGAUGGGGGAGUGUUGUCUUUACAAGACAGAGUGGUUGUCUCUCUGAGAAUGUUGAACUCUGGUGACUCUCCGGUUACCGUAGGAUUCUCUCUUGGUGUGAAUGAGUCAACUGUCUCGCUGGUAACUCAGGUGUUUGUUGAGGCUAUAUGGGAGCGAGCAUUGCACCACAUCAGCUGGCCUGGCUCUGCUCAAAUGGAGAAGAUGAAGCGCAAGUUCGACAAGAUACACGGCUUGCCAAGCUGUUGUGGCAUUGUACAAACAGCUCACAUCACAUUUGGAUCACCAAGUGGUGACCAUGAGGAGAAUGACAGCAUGCUAAUGCAAGCCGUGGUUGAUCCAGAUAUGAGGUUCAGAGACAUUUUGUUGGGGCCGUCAGGUAGCAUGAACCAAUUGAGCGUUUUGCACGACUCUUGGCUCUUCAAGUCCUGCCAGGAGGGUACUGUGCUGAAUGGCAGUAAGAUGAAUUUAUCAGAUGGCUUGGAUGUUGGGGAAUACAUAAUUGGUGAUGCAAGAUACCCUCUCCUCCCCUGGCUUCUCACACCUUAUCACCUCGAAGACAAGGACCUCCUCUCUGCAGAUUUUCCUCCUUAUCAAGCCGAGUUCAACAGGAGACACGCUGCAGCAUCAACCAUCAUGACUGCUGUGCUUGCGAGGUUGAAAGACACUUGGAGGAUCCUGGACAGAGGGGUUGGUUCAUGUCCACCUUUCAAAACAAUCUAUGCCUGCUGCAUGUUGCAUAAUAUAGUGAUAGACAUGGAGGAGGAGGACGAGGAAAUUGCAGGGCUGGAGGAGGAGGAGGAGGUGCGGCAGAUAGCGGACGAGGACGCUGUCAGGGUGAGGGACGUACUGGCCAAGCACUUGAUUGAAUCUAGAGAGGAGGAAAAAGAAGCAGCAGCAGUAAUUGCAUCCAGUUCAGGAGAUCAAAACAUCCAGUUCCGACCACAGACAGCAGCGGAUCGGGGAAAGGAGAAAGUGCAUGAUAGAUAG